AUGUUCGGUCCGAUGGCGCCGUCACACCUCUUGACGCCAGCAGAGUUUGACGAGAUCACGACAACGAACUACCGCGGGACCUGGCUGUGCUCCCGCGCCGAGCUGACUCACAUGAUAAAGCAAGAGCCCAUGAAGACACACGACGGUAGGCCUGGAAACAGGGGUGUCAUCGUCAACGUUGCGAGCAACCUGAGUUUGGUCAGCCGGCCGGAAACCCCGGCCUAUAGUGCUUCCAAAGCAGCUAUUCUGAGUAUGACAAGAAGCGAUGCUGUUGAUACUGUUGAGUAUGGCACUGAUGAGGAGCAGUAUUCGAAAUACAACAUCCGUGUCAACUGCGUCUGCCCCGGGGUCAUCGACACGCCAAUGACCAGCGAGGUCACGCCAGAUGACCCUAUCAUCGCCGUUGCACCAAUGAAGCGGAAGGGGACGCCGCAGGAAGUCGCCGACGCUGUCUUGUUCCUCUGCAGCUCCAAAGCGACCUUCAUCCAGGGUGCCGCGUUAUCUGUCGACGGAGGGUACGUUAUUAAUUAA